GCGAUGAGAAAUGUCAUGAGGAAGGGCAUCCAGAUCGGCGAGCUAGAUAGUUUCGUCAAGAAGGCUCCUGAGAAUGCCGAAUCGACCGAGGCUUCAGCUCUAAUGGAGGCCGAGCCGACACAGGCUGGGAUCGAGCGGCAGGUCCCGGCGGCCGAGAUCACAGGUAUCGUGACGUGCGCAGCGCGCAGAAACAUGGUUUUCGGCAGGCUUUUUGCGAUGGGCUUGCGGCAAAGCCUCGGUGUUCCGAUUGGAGUGAUCGGGGUCAACCGUGAGGCUCCUCCUAAGAUGACGGAUCAGGCCGCGGAGCCCCUCCAGGCUCCGCCCAUCCAGGAGACCAUGGAGCAGGCAAACGAGUCCAGGCCAGAGACCGCAGAGCUGUUCCAGGUCAUGGCAAGCUUGAGUUCCGAUCCCGCUAUGACGGGGCGCGCAGACUGGGAGGAUCUGACCACAGAACAAGAGACCGUGGAGCAGGCAAAUGAGCCGAUGCCGGAGGUCGCGGAGCCGAUCCAGGAUACUGCGGAGCCGCUCCAGGAGAUCGCGGAGCAGGAGCUCUACGAUGAACCCGAAGAAGAGGAGCAGAUGGAGAAGGAUCCACUGGUGCAAACCGAGGCGGUGGGCCGCAUGUGGACUGAGAAGGAGAAGGUGGAGCUGCCAGCUCAUGAGGGUGACAGAGCACGCAGGCCAAGAAGGGCCGAGACCUGGGCCUGCUCAGCACAGCCACGCGGCACGCGUCUGGGCGUGAUGGAGUCGCUCAACAACACCUUCGAAAUGAACCCGGACAAGGCAAGGGUCCCUGGCCCCGUGGCGAAGUUUGCCAGUUUCAUUCUGGUUGAGCUCAUCAACUACGAUCCUCUUCAAGAGGGCCAUGCUUUACAGGGCGUCAGAUGGGCGCCGGCCGCGAUUGGUGGAGAGGCUCUUCAACGGCCUCUUGCGCGGCGGCAAGAGGGUUUCCUGGAAAAGCAGAAGACGCUCCGCAAGAAAGUGGCCGCGGAGCAUCCCGCCCUGAUCAAGAAGCUCCGGAACAGGCAAGCGAUCGACAAGGUCAUCGAGAAGCUGCAAGAGGACGACUUGGGCAUCGUAGUCUCGAUCGAGCACGACGGUGUCGUGGUGAGGCAUCCAGAUGGAGCUGCGGCCGUGACGGCGGAUCCAUGGAAGGCCGGGCUCGUGAAGGCGGCUGAGGAUGUCGGGAGAUGGCGAUUCCUCGGCCUUGGACGUGUGCAUUUCGGGGAGUUCAUGAUGUCCGGCAAGGAGUGCCCCGAGCUGCUGUUGUCGGAGCUGCUUAUGCAUAAGCCGGUGACGGUGGAUGGGAGCGAGUACCUUCUCUCCGAGGUUCACCAGACCGUGCCCGAGAGUGGUAAGGCGGUCAGAGUGGCGACCUCGUCCCAGCAGGCUGGGCGCUGGAUGCUUCACACCGAAGCGGAGAUGGAGCCGGUGUUCCUCAAAACCGAGCUCGUU